GAUUUGUGUGGUUGCAACAUUCAUACCCUGUUUUCUGAAGCAUAAAUUAACUUAGUUGAUGGCUUAUGGUAACAACGACUUCGAACACUAAUUUGGUCCUCAUACAUUCCUGGGUUCUCCUCUUGUGGGCCAAAUUUGGGUGGUAUUCAGAGUGUAAUGAUAUGCCACGUUGACAACAAGGCGACGAGCCUUCAUGGAUAGCAGGGACUUGUCCUUGACUUUAUCUUAGCAGAGGUUGAAACCUGAUUUUAGUACUUACUGACUGUUUCUUUUUUUCAUUUGGGCCUCACCCUACUUGAGUACUCUUUACCAUGGUCAAGCUGAGAAAAAUUUCUGAAGACCAUAGCAAAUCAUAUGAAGGUGCAGAGUCAGCACAAAUAGGUCAAUGUUGAAGGAGUAGUUUUCAGAGAUAGUUCUGAAGGUUAAAUCAGAGAAAUGGUUGUUUGGUUGAGAUGAUUAUAGAUGUCUAAUCUCUCAGAGCCCUCAAAAGAAGAUGGCUCAACCGAUGUUUCAGUUGUGUUCCAGAAAAGUGGACCUUGGAAUAAGGCAUUAAGCUCCUUUAUGCACCAUGCUUCAGUCUAUGGUGUGGCCGCUGGUUAUUGCCUAUCAGCAUCCCUGCUCUCCAUUAUCAACAAAUGGGCAAUUAUGAAAUUUCCUUACCCAGGAGCACUGACAGCACUGCAGUACCUCACUAGCGUUGCUGGAGUUAUCCUAUGUGGACAGCUAAAGCUUAUUGAGCCUGAUGGCCUGAAUUUGUGGACCAUGUGGAAGUUCUUACCUGCUGCUGUGAUGUUCUACAUCUCCAUCUUCACGAACAGUGAACUCCUGCUGCAUGCCAAUGUGGACACUUUCAUCGUGUUCCGGUCUGCUGUGCCAAUAUUUGUGGCCAUUGGAGAGACGUUGUACCUUCACCAACCUUGCCCAUCAUUCAAGACAUGGCUCUCACUUUCCACUAUACUUGGUGGAAGUGUGAUCUAUGUUUUCACAGACAACCAGUUCACUGUGACUGCUUACAGCUGGGCAAUCGCCUAUCUAGCGAGUAUGUCUGUUGAUUUUGUAUAUAUCAAGCACGUCGUCAUGACCAUUGGGUUGAACACAUGGGGACUUGUUCUUUACAACAAUCUCAAGGCUCUGAUGCUGUUCCCCCUUGAGAUGCUUAUCAUGGGAGAAUUUGAUCAGAUGAAGGUCAACAGCUCUAAAAUGACAAACUGGCUAUCAUUCGAUGUCAUUCUUCCUGUUGCUCUGUCGUGCCUUUUCGGGCUAUCGAUAUCCUUUUUUGGGUUCUCCUGCAGACGGGCCAUUUCUGCUACUGGAUUUACAGUGCUCGGUAUAGUGAACAAGCACCUGACUGAACGAUGAGGAGGAGCAGAAAAAUGUUUCAUGUCCAGUAUCAGUGUAAUCCCAAUUCCAUUAAGUGUGCAUGCCUUUUGUCUGCUAGCUAUCAAAUAUCAGCAAGCGAGUCUGGUGAUUUGCAUGCUUUCUC